AAAAACAGUUGAUGUCUGUUACAUGUGUCUGGAGGUGUGCCAUGGGAGGAGUCAGUAGAACAGAGUAUCUGACAGGGUAUAAGUAAUCUUGCAGCAUCAUCAGUCUGACAAGUCCAGUUGGAAGUCAAGACUAGCACACAGCUCAACUGAUCUCCACCGAUCUCCAUUACUCAACUGAUCUUCACCGAUCUCAACGACUCAACCGAUCUCCACUACUCAACUGAUCUACACUACUCAACUGAUCUCCACCGAUCUCCGCCGAUCUCCACCGAUCUCCACUACUCAACUGAUCUCCACUACUCAACUGAUCUACGCCAAUCAACCAGGUUGGAGAAAUGGACUCAGUUAAAAUGGAGAUUGCUGCCCUGGGUCGACCUUUCACCCUAGGAAUGCUCUAUGAUGCUCGUACAGAUCAACUGAUCCCAGGUGUGACAUUAUGGGAUAAAGAAACUCAUGAAGUAACCUCUCAGGAGGGCAGCACAUUUGAAAUUUCUGCAUCAGACACCAUUGAAUCCAAGUCCUCUCUGCUGGAUAUUAACGCUUCUCUGAAGGCCAGUUUCAUGGGUGGACUGAUUGAAGUUGGAGGAUCUGCUGAAUAUCUGAAUGAUACGAAGAAAUACAAGAAUCAGAGCAGAGUGACACUUCAGUACAACGCUACCACCACCUUCAAGGAGUUGUCAGUGACUCACCUUCAACCAAAGAACCUCCAACAGAUAGAUAUUAUUAAGAAGUCCUCAGGAACACAUGUAGUCACAGGCAUCCUUUAUGGGGCAAAUGCUUUCUUUGUGUUUGACAGUCAGAAGUUAGAUGUCAGCAAUGUUCGGAACAUCCAGGCCGGCAUGGAAGCUGUGAUAAAGAAAAUCCCUUCAUUAGAUAUUCAGGGAAAAGUUGACAUCAAGCUGACUGAUGAAGAAAAAGCUCUGACCAACAAAUUCUCCUGCAAAUUCUACGGAGACUUCAUUCUUGACAGCAACCCUGCAACAUUUGAACAGGCAGUGAAGACCUAUGCAGAACUUUCCAAGCUACUGGGAGAAAAGAGAGAGAAGGCUGUUCCUCUGAAGGUCUGGCUGAUGCCAUUGAAGAAUUUGUAUUCCGAAGCUGAUGAGCUUAAGAGUGGGAUCAGUGUUGGACUAGUGAGGAAGGCACAAGAUGCUCUUGAAGAUUUCAGGGAAAUACGAAUGAGAUACAACGAAUGUCUGGAUGACAGCGUGGUAGAGAAUCUUCCACAGAUUAAAGGAGGGUUAGACAGAUUCCGAAACUUGUGUGAAGACUAUGAAUCUAACCUGAAGAAGACCAUGGCGAAGAAAUUUUCCCUCAUCCGUGAAGGUACAGAAGAUGAGAGUUCAACAAAACAACUCUUUGAAGACAGAGACAAGUCACCAUUCAGUAAAGAGAAACUAAACAGCUGGCUGGAUCAUAAAGAGAAAGAGAUCAACAUCAUCAGGUCCUGUGUAGAAACAAUGCAGGGAACAAAGAUUGCUCCAAAUCAGUUGAAGCUGGACAGAGAUGUUCGUGCUCCAGGUGUAGAGGAUGCUCUGUGCUUUGUUUUCACCUCCCUGGAGAGCACUGACCCCUGCCUGAAUGUGAUGGCUGACUACUUAAAAUCACCUAAAUUAGGAAGCAUUGAAGACCACUGGUACUGCUCAGAUGAGGUUUUCACCAAAAUGAGGAAAAACGCCAAAGAUUUCCAUUAUCUUGCCAAAGCACUGAAGAACAACAGUCGGUUCUGUUUCCUUGUAGCAGCCAUUGAAAAUAAGAAAUACACAGGAGCAACCAUCUACCAUUACAGGGACGGCAUUCUGAUCAAUGAGGAUUUUUCAAAGCCCAACCUCCCUCCUGUGGAGACUAUCACAGACAAAAGAGAUUUGAUCUGGUAUGCUUGUGAUGUCAACCUAGACCCAAACACUGCCAACAACUACCUUACUCUAUCUGAGGGAAACAAAAAGGCAACAUGUGGACCAUGGCAGACAUACCCUGAUCACCCAGAGAGGUUUGAUAAACAUACUCAGGUUCUGGGCAAAGAGAGGUUAAAAGGGCGCCAUUACUGGGAGGUAGAGUGGAGUCAUUGUCACCAUCAAUCUGUUUAUAUCGGUGUUGCAUACAAGGGAAUUGACAGAAAAUCAGGCAGUUCAGAGAGUAGUCUUGGAAAUAAUACCAUGUCUUGGUCUGUUGGCCAAUUUUCAAAUGAUUUUAAACGCACACUUGAGCCAUGGCAUAAUGGUAAGUUGUGGGAAGUUUCUUUUCCCUCUGGCUGCAACAGAGUUGGGUUGUUUCUGGACUGGCCUGCUGGCACUCUGUCCUACUACAAUGUCUCUUCUCACACACUGACUCACCUCCACACUUUUAAAGCCAGAUUUAAUGAGCCUGUUUACCCAUGCUUUUGGGCUUACCGCAAUGACAAUUAUGUGUACGUGUGUCCAGUUGAAUGAGAGCAAUGGCAAAGACUUGUCAGAUUCUUGGCCUGUAGGGAUAUGGAUUUACAUUCAAAGUUCAAAGAGCAACUUAACACUCCAUUUUAACUCAAACACAUUUCAAAAAUUCAAAAAUGCAUUUAAACCAAGAAGGACCAAGACAAUUUAUGGUGUAAAAACAUGACCUCAUAUAAGGGAAGCAAUCAAUCGAAAUAUUAUCAAAAUCAAAAUAUAUGGCCAAGUGUAAUAUGUAAAUCACAGAAGAUCCAAUUUUUUGAUAAACGCUUAGCUCAGAAGAGAUGCCGCAGCCUACAAAUGCUGUUCUACAGAUGCACUAGCAAGCUAGUUUUUUUUUUUUUUUUACCAUAUUGUGCAGCCAUACUGUAUAUGUAAUUCUCAUACAUAUUGAUAAUAAUAUAUAUUGCCUAUCGCCUUUUUCUCUAAUUGGUUUGUGUUUCACAUAAAUGUUGAAUCUAUCAUGUUGUUGUUGUUAGGACAUAAGGUAGCUUUAGUGCUUGUUGUUUCAUUUAGUAUUUGUUUCUUUCUCUUUGUACGUCAUUUUAAAAGAGUUAAAAUUGUUAUUAUAAUUCAACAGGAUUAAAUCUGACCUUACUAAGCUCCAUUAAUUAAUCAUAUUCUGAUGUGAGAGUCACUAUUAACAUAUUUUUUGGGAUGUUAGGCAUAUUGCUGAUUUCUAUAGAGCUGAAACAAUGUAAUUUUCUAUAAAAUAUAUCACAUUAUGUUGAUUCUAUGCACAGCUUUCUUCUCAAACUGGUUUGGGCUUCACAUUGAGUCAGACUGGUAUUGGCCUAGGCAGAAAAGCUUCAAGAGCGUAGAAGAUAUAGAAGAACUAGAAUAACUAUACUACAACCAACAGCAGUCCAAUGACUCAACACAAACUGAGGAGCCAGUAAGACUAUAUGUAGACACCCUGUUUUAUUUAUUAGCAUCUGCUGCAACAUAAUAGUAGACUGUAUUUUGUAUAACUGUGUUUGAUGAUGCAUUUUACUCAUGAUAUUAACAUCUGUUUAACUAAUGCAAAAGCUAAAGUAUUUGUCAUAGACCUAUAGUCUGAAUUUAUGCUAAGACUUAUGCUGUUUCUGGUGUUGAUGGGUUUUGGUUAAGGUUAGUUUGUGUGUUUUGGGGGUUGGGGGAGAAUUUUCCUGACAAAUUGAUGAUAAUUGAUGAGGAUAGGGAAAUGACACCACCUGUUUAUCUGUGUGUAGAAGUACAAGAGUUGUACUGUGUUCUUUGGCUUAUUUGCAAAUAAAGUAAUUCUUAACCACAA